CCCACUCCCCAUAAAUUACUUUUCCCUCUCCUGACCGGCAUUUCACAAAACAACCCUCCACUGGAGUCAAGAAACCGGCGAUUUUAUUUUUAAUUUCCGAUCAACUUCAGCAAGAUUCUCACUUACAUCUACUAUAUAUAUAUAAUGCAACAAUGAUCUCCACGCUCUUCCUCCUCCUCCUCCUCAUUUCUGCCACUUCCGCCGUCGCCGCCGCCGACAUCCGCCCACCACAAUCACUCUCCGCCGCCAACUCAUCACAAAGAUGGUCUUCACCCAACAACACCUUCAUUUUCACCUUCAUUUCCACCUCACCCAACACUUACUACGCCGCCAUCACUUACAACAACAUCCCCAUCUGGAAAGCCGGCGGCGAUUCCGGCGCCGCCGACUCCACCGCUACCCUCACCUUUCUCCCUGACGGCAACCUCCGUCUGGUCAACGGGUCAACCAACAAUCUUGUCUGGCAGUCAAACACUGCUGACCGAGGUGUCACCACUGCCGCCCUUGAAGACUCAGGUAACUUUGUCCUCAAAAACGACACCGUUUCGGUUUGGUCUAGUUUUGAAAAUCCUACUGAUACUAUAGUCCCUAGUCAGAAUUUUAGUUUAAAUAAUGUUUUAAGAUCUGGGUUGUAUUCCUUUAGGUUAAUUAGUUCUGGGAAUUUAACGUUACUAUGGAACGAUUCGAUAGUUUAUUGGACUUUAGGUUUGAAUUCGAGUGUUAACACGAAUUUGACGUCACCAAGUUUAGGCUUACAAUCUAUAGGGAUUUUGUCAUUGUCUGAUGCAAACUUACGAACAUCUGUUAUUGUGGCGUAUAGUAGUGAUUACGCCGAAGGCCCGGAUAUUUUUAGGUUUGCUAAGUUGGAUACGGAUGGAAAUUUAAGGAUUUAUAGUUUGUCGAGCUCUGGUAAUCCAAACGUGAGAUGGGCCGCGGUAAGUGAUCAAUGUCAAGUGUUUGGGUAUUGUGGGAAUUUAGGUGUUUGUAGUUAUAAUGGGUCGAAUCCAAUUUGUGGGUGUCCUUCGCAAAAUUUUGAUUUGGUUGAUCCGGGUGAUGCUCGGAAAGGGUGUAGACGGAAGGUGGAGAUUGAGAAUUGUCCUGGGAGUGCGACGAUGUUGCAGUUGGAUAAUGCAAGGUUUUUGACUUAUCCGCCAGAAUUGGCUUCUCAGGUGUUUUUUAUUGGGAUUUCGGCUUGUAGGUUGAAUUGUCUUGUUAGUGGUUCGUGUAUUGCGUCUACGUCGUUGUCGGAUGGGACGGGGUUGUGUUAUUUGAAAGUUCCGAGCUUUGUUAGUGGGUAUCAAUCCCCAGCGCUUCCUAGCACGUCAUAUCUUAAGGUUUGUGGACCGGUGACGCCUAAUCCGUCCCUUACUACUGAGAAGGGUACACGAUGGAAGCUACGUCCGUGGAUUGUAGUGGUCGUGGUGGUGGGUACCCUUUUUGGUUUGGUCAUGGCCGAACUAGGUUUAUGGUACUGGUGCUGUAGAAAUAGUCCGAAACUUGGUGUUUUAUCGGCUCAAUAUGCACUUCUUGAGUACGCCUCUGGUGCGCCGGUACAGUUUUCAUACAAAGACCUUCAACGGGCCACAAAAGGGUUCAAGGAGAAGCUUGGAGCUGGCGGGUUCGGGGCAGUUUAUAGAGGGGUUCUUGCAAACCGAACAACGGUUGCAGUUAAGCAGCUCGAGGGAAUUGAGCAAGGAGAGAAACAAUUCCGUAUGGAGGUUGCAACGAUUAGUAGCACCCAUCAUUUAAAUUUAGUGAGACUAAUCGGGUUUUGCUCUGAGGGUCGUCACAGGCUUUUAGUGUACGAGUUUAUGAAAAACAGUUCUCUUGACCACUUUCUAUUCACCCCAGAAGAACGGUUACAAUCAGGAAAGCUUUUAAAUUGGCAAUCCAGGUUCAAUAUUGGUCUUGGGACGGCUAAAGGAAUCACCUACCUUCAUGAAGAAUGUCGAGAUUGUAUCGUCCAUUGUGAUAUAAAACCUGAAAACAUUCUACUGGACGAAAAUUACAAUGCCAAAGUUUCGGAUUUUGGGCUCGCUAAAUUAGUGAACCCAAAAGACCAUAGGUAUCGAACGUUAACCAGUGUGAGAGGGACCAGAGGGUAUUUGGCUCCUGAAUGGCUCGCAAACCUCCCAAUAACAUCUAAAUCGGAUGUUUACAGUUAUGGGAUGGUUUUGUUGGAGAUUGUGUGCGGAAAACGGAACUUUGAAGUCUCUGAACAAACCAACAGGAAAAAGUUUUCUGUUUGGGCCUUUGAGGAGUACGAGAAGGGAAACAUCGAAGCGAUCAUCGAUACCAAGAUUCGAAACUAUGAACAAGUCGAUUUGGAUCAGGUUCGGCGAGUGAUUGAAGUAAGUUUUUGGUGUAUCCAAGAACAGCCAUCCCAAAGGCCAAUGAUGGGAAAAGUCGUUCAAAUGCUGGAAGGCGUGACGGAGAUCGAGAAGCCUCCGGCUCCAAAGGCUGGCACCGCGAUAGAAGGGUCAGUUGGUAGUAGUGUGAAUAUGACUAGCAGCGUCUCUACUUUUUCACCAUCGAUACUGCAACCAUCAACGUCGUCUUCACUUCAAACUCUAAAAGGGUCAUCAUCUGCUUCAGGGAUGAAUGUUGAAAGGGUGUCGUCGUCACUCUUGCACUCGGAUAUAAUGUGAAAUUGGGCCUAGUCACUCUGUGUGGCAUCAUAAUUGCAGAAUCAAUUGCAUAUUGUGGUGUUAAAAUACACAUGUCUGUAUCUACGUAUGUAUUUUUAUUCUUACUAUUAUUGGAAGUCUAUAUGUAUAGAUGUGUAAGUAGUAAUCUCAGGGUUUGGUAAUGUUGUAUGUUGAAUAGCAUUCUUAACCUCUUUCAAAGCUGGUCAAGGCUGGUGGCCAAAUAAGAUAAAUUGCUCAACCUUAAUUACAUCUAUCAAGUUUGCCUCA